CCUACAGGCUACAAUCCUAAUCGAAUAAGUGAAAGAUUUUGGUCAUCGUGAGUGGACUGCGUGAGCCGUCCAAAUUUGUACUCUCCCGUUCCACGGGGCUGUCCAUGCUCAUCACCUGUUCGACGAAAUUCGUUUAACAGUUCCACUACCUCUCUCGUCUAAUCGUCUCUGUUUCCGGAUUGCCGCCGCGUGCCGCACAUCCACCGGCAAUGUCGAACGCCGUUAUAAUCCCGAGCGACACCUUCAAGCUAGGCUUCAUCGGAGCCGGAAAGUUGGCCGAGAGCAUUGCGAGAGGCGUUGUAAAGUCGGGUGUGCUGCCGCCUUCUCGUAUUCGGACGGCCCACGGCGGCGCUGCUCGCCGCACCGCCUUCGAGUCAUUUGGCGUCACUGUCUACGACCACAACAAUCAGGUUGUUGAAGAUAGUGAUGUGAUCAUAUUCUCCGUGAAGCCGCAAGUCGUAAAAAAUGUGCUAUUACAACUGAAGCCCAUUCUUACCGAGAAACACCUACUGGUGUCAGUUGCUGCAGGUGUCAAAUUAAAAGACUUGCAGGAUUGGGCAGGUAAUAAUAGAUUUAUUAGAGUGAUGCCAAACACUCCAGCAGCUGUUGGUGAGGCAGCUUCUGUCAUAAGCUUGGGGAGUGCGGCAACAAAAGAAGACGGAGAACUGAUUUCAUUGCUGUUUGGAUCUAUUGGGAAAGUCUGGAAAGCAGAUGAGAAAUUGUUUGAUGCAGUCACAGGUCUAAGUGGAAGUGGACCAGCAUACGUAUAUUUAGCCAUAGAGGCAUUGGCUGAUGGAGGGGUGGCUGCUGGGCUUCCUAGAGAUCUCGCGCUCGGUCUUGCUUCUCAAACCGUACUGGGGGCAGCAACCAUGGUGAGCAAUGCAGGAAAGCACCCUGGUCAGCUUAAAGAUGAUGUGGCCUCAGCUGGUGGAACCACCAUUGCUGGGAUUCAUGAGCUGGAGAAGGCCGGGUUUCGUGGGGUGUUGAUGAAUGCUGUUUUAGCUGCAGCCAAACGCAGCCGAGAUCUCUCCCAGAACUAAAUCUCAUUUUUUCCCUAAUUUAUCAGAUCACUCUUUGUUCUUGCUGACCUAAUUGUCUUUCAUUCUAGGCUGCUAGUUUUUUCCCUGUAGAACAAUGGGUUUCCAUUUUCGUGCUCUUGGGUAGGUUCAAAUAAGGCAUAAUACCAAAAACCAGAUUUUCAAUUUU